ACUUCUGUUAACAUCUUAAAAUCUAGUUCGUUUGUGGCUAAACAUCCCACAUGGGAACUAGAGUUUUUACUCACUCUUAUAUCCAGGGGGCAGACCCCCAUUGCCACCCUCCCCCCAGUUAACGCCCCUGAAAGUAUAUUGACAUGAUUGCCUGGAGGGAUGGGUUGUUUACAACAUAUUUACGUGUUUUUACCAAAAAUCACCUGUAAGGCUGUACACGGCAGGGGUUAAGGAUAAGGAUGCGGUACUUUGAUUGUUCAAAAGGGGAGGGGUGAAUUCAAGGGGGUUAUGAAGGGGGGGGGGUUUUAUGUGCAGUUUCCAUCAAUACAUAAAGAAGUGAACAGUUUUUAUAUUUGUAUAUUGAUGGCAUAAAUAAUACUCUCCAUUUCACCAUGAGGAGAAUUCUGCUGCUAGCGUUCAUUUCUACCACGUCUUGUCAAUUUGAGCUGCAUGCCGGUCAAAGCGAGCCACGAGCGGGUCAACCCGAGCCACAACCAGGAAGAGAAGAUAAACAACUCGGCUCACUGGUUUCUUGGCUAAGUCCAGGAUUAAGUUACAACACGGAAAAUUCUGGGAAACAGCUUGGGCCCGGGAACCACCUUGAGGAAAGAUCAGACGAUGGGCCCUGGAAUAAUCCAGCUAAAUCGACAAGAGCUGAAUUUUCUAGAGGACAAACUUACACCAACUAUAAUCCAACAUACAGAUAUGUUACUGACUCCAAGACAGGGUUUACUACCUAUGCUAGUGGUUCGGGUUCUGUGUAUCAAGGGGGACCUGGAGGAAGAGUUGGAGCAUACCAAACCGUGGCCAAUCCAAACCCAACUCAAGCUCCUUCUUUGGUGGCUAAACUUGGUUCCUUUUUCUCUGGUUUAGGAUCAGGAAGAUUAAAUUCUUAUAGCUCAGGAUCAGGAGGGCUAGGUCGGUAUGUAUCUGGACUUUCUGGAUUAUCAGGAGUAUCCGGAGGAUCAGGAGGAUCAGGGGUAUCAUUAGGAAGAGAAAUUGAAACGUCUACUCCAUUCUAUAACGGAUAUAUCCCGGUAAACUCAGCUCCAAACUCACAGGCCCCUCCUUCUCCUAAUCCAAGUUCGAAGCUUCCACCUAUUGGAAGAUCUCCAUUGUUGUCCCCUUCUGAUAGCGCGCCCAUAACUGGUCCUUGGAUAACAACAACUUCGAAUAAAACCCCGGAAAAGAAUUCCAAAAAAAAUCCAGAUGUUAUUGUUUCCAAUCCUGUCUCGACCAAGGGGAAAUCAGCUCAAACUAAGACCAAUGACAACUUUGGAAAAAGCGUUAUAAACUCCUCAAAAUCUAGAACUCAAUUAGGACAGGGAAACUCAAAUAAGGUAAUAUCUACCUCCAAUGGACCAUGGAUUACAAAACCUUUAAAUUACAAAGGUGCUGGAGGGUUGUCAAUAAGUGGGGAUAGUUCUGUAACCCUUGGUAAAAGUGCUGCGGCAACCCCACAACAUGCUUCUUCUUUCGUCCAAGGUAAUUUCAACGGACAUGUUAAUUCUGGUGGAGUUUACCUUCAGAAUCCAGGAUUCAAUUCCUUCAUUAAUGCUGAUUUCAACCAGGGUUCAGGAUAUCAGGGUAGUUUCGGAAACACAGGAGUAUACUCUGGGGCAUCAGGACCUCCACAUGGAGUAUUCCAAUCUUCCUAUUUAGCAAAUUUCCCAAACUUUGGACCGGGAACCUUCCAACAAGCCCCAGGUUUAGAGAGUUAUCCAUGGUCUCAGGGAGGAACUCAAGAGCAGUCAACAUAUAAACCUUAUCUAAUUCUACCCAGUGUAACAAAAAGAACAACCACUAGAAGAACAACUACAACUACAACUACAACUACAACUACAACUACAACUGCAACUACAACCACAACCACAACCACAACUACAACUACUGCUACAACUACAACUACAACUGAAGUAAUAUCUGAACAACCAUCAACUCCUGAACCUUUUAUAUCUGUGACAGAAGAAGCUGUUUCCACAGAUCCUGAAACAGCAACAGCAUCAAUUUCACCUUUACAAGACAUUGAAGAUACCAUUGAUCUCUCAGAAGAGACAGUCUCAGAACCAGAAUCAGUAACAACAAGUGUUGAAGAAAGCACACCUCACGGUGAUACUGAAACUGUAGAUAAAACUGAGUCAGUUGAUAGUGAUGAAAUCGGAGAUCCUACUGAAUCUGGGGAUGAUAUUGAACCUGCUGAAAGUAGCACAACUGGAGAUGAUAGUAAAGCUGAAGAUGCUAUUAAACCUGUAGAUAAUUCUGAACCUGGAAAAGAUGUUGAUUUGUUGAGUUCAAAUUUUUCGGAGGAUGAAUUUAACCCAACCUCAUCCACAUCUGCCACUCCUUCUACUGCUGACACUUCAUCUACUUCCUUGUCACUCUUUGACCUGAUGUCAAUAGAGUCGCAGACCACCUUUUCAGAGACAGAAAUAUCUGCCCCACCUGCCACUACCCCAGCUACCGAUGAAGAUCAAGUAGUUGAUAAUGUUGAAGAAACCACCUCAUUAUUUGACCUGAGCCCACUUGGAAAACAUGUAAUCAUUGUUCCCACCCCUCCAAACCCUAACAGGGUCCUAGGCAAAGAUAAUAGAGGUGUAAAUUAUCAUCCAGACACAUUUGCAGAAGAAUAUAACACAGAAACAUACAAUGAUAAGAGGCAUAGUGAUAAACAGGGGCAGCAAGGAAGAACAGAGAAUGUAGAUGGAGAAACAUCAGAAAGUAUUGAACCUUCAGAUAGCGAAAAAUUACAAAUUAAACCUAUAUUUAAACCUCUAGAUGAUGAGAUAGAAAAAAUUGAACCGGUAGAUGGUGCUGAAGAGAUCAUUGACCCUGUAGUUGGUGUGACGGAUGGUAUUAAACUUACAGAGACAGGAAGAAUCAAUCCAGUAGAUGAUGAAGCAGGAAUUAUUGAACCUUCAGAUGUUAAAAAAGUAAUAACUGAACCUACAGAUGAUACAGAAGAGACCAUUGCACCUUUAGAUGAUAUUAAGGAGACUGAGGAUGAUGAAAAAGAAGAUAUUGAAGCUGAAAAUGAUGAGACAGCAGGAUUAGAACCUGACAAGCUCAGGACAAGGUUCCCUUUAGCUCGGCCUACCCCACAAAUCCUAGAGGUUGAGAAAGAAAGGAUAAAUAUUAUUCCACCACCUGAAUUUUAUCUUGAUGAAACAUUAGACAACGUUGAUGAAAACCUGCCGUUUGCUAAGAUUAUUGAAGAUGAUGAGAGCAAUCAUUCAAUCAUUUACUUGAAACCAGAGGAGGAAAAUACUGAAUUUGACUUGAUUUCUAAUUUUGAUGAUGAAGCUGAUGAUAUCCUUCAAGUCCCAGAUACAUUCACUCCCCCUGCUAAAGAGGAUUGGGAUAAUGAUGCCGAUAAUGAUGAUACUGAAGCUGAAAAAGAAGAUGACGUUGAAGAGUUGAAAUUAGUAGAAGCAAUUGUAGUUGAGCCUUUACAGAUCUCAAUAGAGAAAAUAAGAAGCCAGAUGCAAGAUGAUUUAACUGAGGAGACAGAUGAAUACAUUGCAGAGGUGGAAGAAGAAGAUGCUUUCUUGAUCGGGAAAGCCAAUCUGAAAGCUUCAGCUAGAAGUGUAGAGGGAGGAAAAAACUCUAAAUCAGAAGAACAAGAAGAUGAAUCUGAGUUAAGCAAGAUCAAUUACACUGUGACCAAAGAUGCUCUUAUUAUUGUACCUAUACCUGUAGACAUCAAUGAAGACCAGGUCCCUGAUGCUAUUAUUGCUAGUGAUGAUCUCAAACCUAAUCUUAGUAUAGAACCACCAGAAAUAUUUGAAAUUUCUAAUAACUCUGCUGUAAACCAAAACGGAAAAACUGCAGAAUUUUUUACUUCAGGAAAUACAGAUUUUGUAGAUCUUCUAAAUACUAGUUCAGACCAGGAGAUUAUACCAAGUGAAGAUGGACGAAAACAAUCAUCAAGAUCUGAUGGAACCUUGAAUUUUGCCACAAAUAACCAGUUCAAAGUAUCCAGAACAAAAUCUGGAGACCUCUCCCCUCUCAUCAGUUUCUUAAAAAAUCAUAAACAAACUCCUGAAAUCAAUCCCAAAACGCCGGAUGAUCUAAAAACUGACCGAUCUGCGUUUAAGCGAAGAAUUCUUCCCAAAUCACCAAUUUAUGUUAAACAGACAGUUAUCCCUGCCAACUCCGAUGGAAAACCUUCCAAUCAGUUUCCGUUUCCUACUGGAGAAGUUUUUAACUCUGAGAUUGGAAAACUGGUUCCAACCCUAGAUUCUAAACCUGGGAGAAGCUCUAAACCUUCAAUUAACCCUGCUGGAUAUUCUUUCAAUGGAUUUAAUUUCCAGGACAGAUUUGGAUAUCAAACUCCUUGGUACAAACCGCAGUUUUUAGUAACAAGCAAUAAUAUUCCAUCAUAUCCAAACCAAAUGCAGAACAGAGGCAACUACAAACUAGAAUACGCUAAAUCUCCUCGAGGUUCAAUUGAAAUGCCGGAUUUUCUCAAGUUUGUAGUUACUAUGAGACCAGCAAGCAUAUCAGACAGGUCUGAUAUAAUGAGUGGCGGGUAUGCACGCGUAGAUCAGUGGAGAUAGAUUUUAAACUUCUGUAAAAUAUUUAAAAUUUACGUAACAACUCCUUUAAAUGACCGCUUUUUAAAGUUAAUAUUUAUAUUUUGGAAAACAACUUAAAAAAGUUUCAGUUUAUAAAAUUGUCACCAAGAAAAUUUAUUAUUGAUUGGAUUAAUCAUUAUGCCUAUAAUUUGUAUUCAUGGUUGUAAAUGUUUAAUUGAGCACUGCAUUUUUAAUAAAUUUGAUA